AACUUCGAGAGCAAUAAGUUGACAAAAAAAAAAAAAAAAAGCCUUGAGCGCAAGCAAAAACUUGGCGAGAGCGUGAGAAAGUAGAGAGAAUUAGAAACUGAGAAAAACGAAGGAGAAGAAAAGGAUUUGAUUACUUAGAGAGUGUGAUUACAUACAUCAUCGCUGCGAUUUCAAAACUAGAAUCUGAUUUUUAAGGGUGAAUUUGAGUAGACAAUGGAGGAAAUAAGAUCGGCGAUGGAGCAGCAAAUGGAUCUCAUGGCGGAUCUGGUCCAGAAACUCUCCGGAGAGCUCCGAACCGGAUUACAACCUGCCUACGAGAAUUUCUUGGGAUUUUUCCACGCGAUUGAUUGGAAGGAACCUUGGAUUAUGGGAUUAAUGGCGUUUCAUGCUCUGUUGCUAAUGGUUACUCUUCUUUCUAGAAGGCAUCUUAACUUCCAUAUGUUCUUGUUCUUAAUGGCAUUGGCUGGGGUAUACUUUGCAGAGACUCUCAACAGGCUCUUGAGAAAAAACUGGAAGCGCUUCUCAACUCAAAACUACUUUGACCCGCAUGGAGUCUUCCUCUCUGUUCUCUGGUCAGGACCACUUCUGGUCAUUGCAAUGAUAAUCCUGAUAAACACACUGUUUUCGCUUUGCUACUUAAUCGUAAAAUGGAAAAGAGCAGAGCUCAGGCAUCGUGCAAGGCUUGCUCGUACCAAGCAGGAAUAGAUCCCAACUCUCUCUCUCUUAGCACAUCCUUUCUUACAUUUAUGUAUACUCACUUUGCAGCAACAAACCGUUUUGUUCUCUAAUGUAAUUCGCCGAAUCGAUUUGAACCGAACCAAACCGACCAAACCAAGCCAAUUACUUCUAUUUCGGUUUGUUUUGGUAGAGUUUUGAAUCCCCGAACUUAAUUUUCCCUAAAUCGAAAGAACACUUGCAUUAUUUAAAUCGAAAUUUUAGAAAUU